UCCUCCGGUGCUGACGUCAGCGGGAAGGGGCAACACAUCUGGGGAGCACUGGUGACAGCCUCAAGUACGGAGCAGGAUUAGGGAACACUUCUCCACUCGCGGCAGGGAAACCAAGCUGCUGAAUAUAUGUAGGGAGAAGCUAGAAUUCUGAGACACAACAGGAUAGAAGUGUUUCCAGAUGAUCUGCUUUGUUUCUGAGCGAAUCAAGGACACUACAAGUACCAGAAUCCCUCGCUGACGCCCAUGUGUGACACCCGCCAAUGAGAGGCCGCCUGGUCACGUGGGCCGCGGUCCCGCUGCCCUCCCAUUGUCGGUAGUGGAGCGCGCACUGGCGCGCGCACAGGCCUCGUGGGCUCGGCGGCGGCUCGAGCGGCGGCGGCGGCGGCGGGAAGAUGCCCAUCCUCCUCUUCCUCAUCGACACGUCGGCGUCCAUGAACCAGCGCUCGUACCUCGGCACCACCUACCUGGACAUCGCUAAGGGCGCCGUCGAGCUUUUCAUGAAGUUGCGGGCCCGCGACCCGGCCAGUCGGGGCGACAGGUACAUGUUGGUGACGUUUGACGAGGCGCCCUGCGGCAUCAAGGCUGGUUGGAAAGAAAAUCAUGCAACUUUCAUGAAUGAGCUGAAGAAUCUUCAAGCAACUGGACUCACUACACUUGGGCAAGCCUUGCGGGCGUCCUUCGAUUUAUUAAAUUUGAACCGUUUAGUUUCAGGAAUAGAUAAUUAUGGUCAAGGGAGGAAUCCUUUUUUCCUUGAGCCAUCUGUUAUAAUAACUAUCUCUGAUGGAAGCAAAAUGACAAAUAAUGGCGGGGUGCAAGAGGAGCUGCACUUGCCAUUAAAUUCUCCCCUGCCUGGUAGUGAAUUGACAAAAGAGCCAUUCCGGUGGGAUCAGAGGUUGUUUGCAUUGGUUCUUCGCCUCCCUGGUGCAUCAUCCCUUGAAGCAGAGCAGCUUGGCAGCGUACCUUCAGAUGACUCUGCUGUGACCCAGAUGUGUGAAGUGACUGGAGGUCGGUCCUACUGUGUGCGCACACAGCGAAUGUUAAACCAGUGCCUAGAAUCCUUGGUACAGAAAGUUCAAAGUGGAGUGGUUAUUAAUUUUGAAAAAACUGGACCAGACCCAGCACCAAUUGGAGAAGAUGGUGUGGUUGAACCACCUCGAACAACUUCUUUAUUUACUCCUCAAGCUUGGCAUAGCUGUCACAAGUUAAUAUAUGUGAGACCUAACCCUAAGACCGGCGUACCUGUUGGACACUGGCCAAUUCCUGAAUCCUUUUGGCCGGAUCAAAAUUCCCCCACGCUGCCUCCACGUACAGCUCACCCUGUGGUAAGGUUCUCCUGUGCUGAUUGUGAACCAAUGGUCAUUGAUAAAUUACCCUUUGACAAAUAUGAACUUGAACCUUCACCUUUGACCCAGUACAUUCUAGAGCGCAAAUCUCCUCACACCUGCUGGCAGGGAGUGGAUAAUAGAAUGCUGUCUGCUACCCAACUGCAGAAUGCUCAGGUAUUUGUGAGCAGUAGUGGAAAAUACAGUGACCUGGGACAUCCUUUCGGUUACCUGAAGGCGAGCACAACGUUAACCUGUGUGAAUCUCUUUGUAAUGCCUUACAACUACCCAGUGCUGCUCCCACAGCUUGAUGAUUUGUUCAAAGUGCACAAACUAAAACCAAACCUGAAGUGGCGCCAAACCUUUGAUAAUUACUUGAAGACCAUGCCUCCGUACUACCUGUUGCCAUUGAAAAAAGCACUACGGAUGAUGGGGGCUCCCAACUUGAUCAAUGAUAACAGCAUGGAUUGUGGACUCAGUUACAGUGUUAUUUCUUACCUCAAGAAACUUAGCCAACAGGCCAAAAUAGAGUCAGAUCGUAUAAUUGCAUCUGUUGGGAAAAAGACUCCACAGGAGCUGGGAAUCAAGGUUAAGAACCAAUCUAGUGUACUGUCCCUGGCUCAUCGCAGAGAUUUUAAGCAACUUCUGCAAGGAAUCACUGGGGAAGUACCUCUCCGACCCUUGGAACUAAGCAUGAAGGAAUUUGCUGGCUUUCAGAUAGCAAUCCUAAGCAAGGAUGUUAAACCUCAGACUUACAGGAAUGCCUAUGAUAUUCCUCGCCGGAGCCUGUUAGACCAGCUAACUAGAAUGAGAUCAAAUCUACUGAAAACAACACAGAAAUUGAUUCGAGGGCAAGAUGAAGAUUAUCUGCACAGUAUUCCUGUGGCACAGAUGGGCAACUAUCAAGAAUACCUGAAACUUAUGCCCCCGCCUCUUCGUGAGAUUGACCCAGACCAACCUAAGCGACUCCACACAUUCGGGAAUCCUUUCAAGCAGGACAAGAAGGGAAUGAUGAUCGAUGAGGCCGAUGAGUUUGUUGCAGGUCCACAGAACAAGGUGAAACGACCUGGAGAACAUAACACACCGGGAUCGCUGAAGAGAAGACGUAGCAUGUCACCAUUACUGCGACGGCCUCAAACUCCACCUGUCAUCAAUCACAUUGGAGGAAAGGGACCUCCGGUUGCAGGAGUCCAAUCACAGGGCUGUCCUGUAAAGCCUCUAGAAGUACAUAAUGAUGCAAACUGUGUUGCAACAGAUGAAGUAAGUGCAGAAAAGGACUUGUGGCAACCAGUGGAUAAAACAAUUGGAGAUGUAGUGGAAAUGGCUCCAGCCGAAGGACCUGCUUCAACAUCUAUUCACACGGCACCAGACAUGCUGCUGCCCAGUGAUUUUCACGCUGUUGCAGAACUCAAUCACGUGGCUGACGAUGCACUUGAUUAUAAACUUGGGCUGGAUGUUGCAAUGAGGGACUCCUUGAAGAGCCCAUCUGAGAUUGACAAUGAAGCAGAUGUGACACAGGAAAGCAAUUCGGGCAUCUCCUUGCCUACCUCUGAAGUAGCGCAAAUUCAGCCAGUGGUAGAAGGGAAUAAUGCAGAGCUCAGGAUCAAAGUCAUGAAGGAGAUUCGCAAGCCAGGGAGAAAUUAUGACAGACUCUUCAGGUUAUUGGAGGACAUACAAGGUCCUUCAGAAAUUCAGAGGAACUUUAUUCAGAAUACCAUCAAAGAAGCUGCCAGGUUUAAAAGACGAGUAUUAAUCCAGCAGCUAGAAAGAGUACUGGAAGGUGUUACUUCAAGGUCUCUGACAGGACAGAUCAACCAUGUCAACAACAGAUAAUCCAACUGCAGGAUUAAGGGCCAGCAAUUUGCUUCCCUGUCAUGAACUGGCACGUUGAAUGGCGCAUGAACUGCUCAUAACUUGUUUGAUUUAAGCAUCCUGUCACUGCACUGUGGAAUGGCACAAUUGUUGCAGAACAUGUGGAGCAGAGUCCCUAAAGGCUGGUCGAAGAGCUUUGCCAAUACUGUGACAGCCAUUGCUUUUGGAGAUGGAUAUGGUGAGCAUCAAAGAGAGGAGGAGGAGGAAGAAUUGAUGAAAUGAUCCUCUUUUAGCUACCUUUAUUCACUUGGUUAUUGAAGCUUUCUGCGUUCAGAUAUGGUGCCUCCUUUGGCACAUGAUCCAAGCACUGGUAUAUAGGGAAGAAAAUGUGAAUUUUUAUUUUUAAAGAAAAUAAAAAGCUAAAUAUGUAGAUGAAACCAUCUACCUCAGACUCACUUUACAGUUUUGUAGGUAGAUAACAUGUGGCCAAUUCCUUCCCAGCUGUGUUUCACUCCAUGAGGAGCACUGACUGCUGUGAGGAAUUUGCACAAAAUGGACACCAGGGGAUUGACCUUUUUAUUGUUCAUAUAAGAGGAAUUAUUUUUGGAUGACAUUGUUACAAAUUUAAAACACCAAAUUGUCAUAUUUUAAAGUGUGAAAUAACUUUUGUAACUGUUAUCUAUUGAAAAUAAAUGCAGUUUAUCAUGGUAUUUUGUAUUUACAUGUGAAUACACAUAUCGAAUACAUUUUCAGGUGGCACUUUAUACAUUUGUAGGACAUCACUUUUGAUCUAUUUGAUAACAAAGAUGUAUUUCAAUUAUUGUGGAAUUAUCUUUAUAUUUAAUCCUUUCAGAAUGAUAAAACAACUUUCAUCUUUGAAUAUUGCAGUUUUGAAUGCUGGAAGUUUAGAAUGUCUGGACUGCGUAAUUCUAUGAUUUAUAGAUACUAUCUUUUAAAACGUAGCACAUUUUACUGAAUGCAUGAAUGUG